AUGCCGCUUCCCCGAAGAGCUUUACUGGCUGUAACCAGUGCACACCCGCCAUUUUGGCCGGACGGGAAGAAGACCGGGCUCUUCUUCUCCGAAGCCUUACAUCCCUAUAAUGAGUUAACGGCGGCGGGUUUCGAAGUUGACGUUGCCUCCGAAACGGGGACCUUUGCAUGGGACGAACACUCUCUUACCCCAUCGUUCCUCUCCAAAGAAGAUGAAAAGGUUUAUAACUCCGAGCAGAGUCCCUUCAUGCAGAAGAUGAACAAGCAGGUGUUCAAGGCUGAUGACUUAACACCACACGACUAUGGACUUGUAUUCGUGUGUGGAGGGCACGGAGCAUUGUACGACUUUCCGCAUGCCAAACAUAUCCAGCACAUCGCACAGGACGUUUAUAAGCGCGGCGGAGUUAUUGGAGCGGUUUGUCACGGGCCGGUUAUGCUGCCAGGAAUCUUGGACGAGAACGGAGAUUCGAUCAUUAAGGAUAAAACCGUCACUGGAUUCACGACAAACGGCGAACUCAUGUUGAAAGUCAUCGACCAGAUGCGGAACGAUAAAUUGCAUACAGUCGCUGAAUUAGCCACCAACGCUCACGCCGAGUAUGUCGAACCAGGAGACCCUUUCGAUAACUUUUGCAAAGUCGAUGGAAGAGUGGUUACGGGAGCGAACCCCCAGAGUGCAACACACACGGCGCUAGACACUAUUAAAGUGUUUGAAGGAAUUGCGAAGGAAUAA